GAGUUCACUAUAAGGAAGGUAACAACAACAAGAACAACAACUUUGCUCUUUGUUUGCUUUCAGGCUUGGAGUGAGUUAAGGACCCGGAAGUCGAGGUGAGGUGCGAGACUCUACACUUUUCCUACUUCUACGUUUGCCCUGCGCAGGCGCAGGGCGCACCACGUGACCGGAAGUGAGCCGCUCGCAUCGGAAGCAUGUGUCUCAGGGUCCGGUGAAGCAAACAGAGCCGGCCGGGGCGACAAAAUGGCGGCAAGGGCGGCGGCGUCGAGCUCCUCGACGACUUUCAAAUCCAACUACGCCGUGUUCAGGAAAAUCGAGCCUUUCUACAAAGGAGGACGGAUUCAGGUAAGCCAAGAUGGAGAAUACAUGUUCUGCGCCUGUGGCAGCAAAGUCAACAUCGUCGACAUAUCAACUGGAGAUGUCGUUCGCAGUCUCGAACAGGAGGAUGAAACAGACAUUACCACAUUUGCCCUCAGCAAUGAUGAUGAAAUCCUUGUGACAGGAAGCCAAGCGCUGCUGCUGAAGCAGUGGGACUGGCUGGGGAACAAAUGCAUCCGCACGUGGAAAGCCAUACAUACAGCACCUGUAGCCAGCAUGGUCUUUGACUCAACCUCCACAUUGUUAGCCACAGGUGGCUGUGACAGCACCAUCAAGAUCUGGGACAUUCUUGGACAGUACUGCACUCACAACCUGAAGGGCUCCUCAGGCGUUGUCCAUCUUGUUAUGUUCCACCCAGACAUCUCUCAGCUCCAGCUUUUCUCCUCCUCCAUGGACAACAUCAUUCGAAUUUGGGACCUGAACUCCAGCCAGUGCGUUGCCCAACUGGAAAACCACUACAGCCCGGUUACUUCUCUGGUCUUUUCUCCUGACAGUGAGACGCUCAUUAGUGCUGGCCGAGAUAAGAUCUGCACUGUGUGGGACCUGAAUAAGAAUGAACCAAAAGGCACCAUCCCAGUCUAUGAGAGCAUCGAAUCUGUGGUGCUGUUACCAGAAGGAGGAGAUUUCUCAAACUUGGGUGUGAAGAAAUCCACCACUCACUUUCUCACUGCAGGCAGCAAAGGGAUCCUCCGGGUGUGGGAUGCUGCCUCGGCCACUUGUGUCCACAGCCAGUCCCUGCCCCACCUUCCUGCCCAGUCCAAAGAGGAGGAGGCUGGAGAACACAGCCUUGUGCAUUGCGUACUGGUGCCCGUGAAAAGUGAGGUUGUCGCUGUGAACGCUGAACAUAACAUCAGCAUGUACAGUGCAGAGACGCUUGAGCUCAAGAAGCAGUUUUCAGGUUACAAUGGAGAGGUGUUGGAUGUCAGGUUCCUGGGCCCCAAGGACUCCCAUAUUGUGGUGGCCACCAACAGUCCCCAGCUGAAAGUGUUUGAGCUGUCUUCCUCACAUUGCCAGGUCCUGUAUGGUCACACAGACACUGUCCUGGGCUUGGAUGUCUUCCGAAAGGGGAGGAUGUUUGCUAGCUGUGCAAAGGAUAAAAGUGUCCGAAUUUGGCUGAUGUCAGAAGAUGGCAAGGUUUACUGCAUAGCCCAGGGAUUGGGCCACGCGAACGUAGUCGGUGCACUCUCUUGCUCCAGAAUGAAAGAGACCUUUGUGGUCACAGCCAGCCAAGAUCACACGAUCAAAGUGUGGCAUCUGCCUGAGUCCCUGCCUGUCAAGAAGAAAGAGUCCGAACUGGAAAUCCUUGUGGCGCAGGUGACGGUGAAGGCUCACGACAAGGAUAUCAACACUGUGGCCGUUUCUCCAAAUGACAAGCUCAUUGCCACAGGAUCCCAGGACAAGACUGCCAAGCUGUGGAGCUGUAAGGAUUGUGGGUUGUUGGGAGUCUUUUCUGGACACAAGCGAGGCAUCUGGUGUGUGCAGUUCUCCCCUGUGGACCAGAUCUUGGCCACCUCUUCAGCGGAUGGCACAAUAAAACUCUGGGAUCUGCAGGACUUCAGCUGUUUGAAGACAUUUGAAGGGCAUGAUGCUUCUGUCUUAAAGAUCAUCUUUGUGAGCCGAGGUGGACAAGUGGUUAGCAGUGGCGCUGACGGUCUCCUGAAACUCUGGACAAUUAAAACUAAUGAGUGCGUGAAGACUUUGGACGGCCAUGACGGCAAAGUGUGGGGCCUGGAUGCUAACAAGAAAGACAACUUAGUGGUGACAGGCUCCAGCGAUUCCCGGGUUUUGCUAUGGAAGGAUGUCACCCAAAUCGAGCUUGAAGAGAAGCAAGCGAAGGAGGAAGAGGAGAUCCUGAAAGAACAGGAGCUGUCUAAUUUGCUGCAUGAGAAGAAAUUCCUGAAAGCCCUGGGCUUGGCUAUCUCCUUGGACCGACCUCACACUGUGUUGAACGUUAUCAAGGCCAUUCUUAAGGAGAACAAUGGAAGAGAUGAUCUGGCGAAGAACAUAGCCAAACUGCGGAAAGACCAGAAAGAGGCCUUGCUGAAGUUCUCAGUCACUUGGAACACAAAUUCUCGGAACUGCCAUGAAGCUCAGGCAGUGCUGGAGACCCUCCUCAAGCAAGAAACUCCAGAAUGUCUCUUGCAGUAUGAAGGGAUUAAGGGAGCAGUGGAGUCUCUUCUGCCGUAUACAGAGCGCCACUUCCAGCGGCUGAGCCGGUUACUGCAAGCCUCCAUGUUCCUCGAUUUCAUGUGGCAAAACAUGAGGCUGCCAGAUACUUCUCAACAGGAUGAGGAGAUGGAGACAUGACCCCAAAGGGAUGCAAGUGGCUAUUGCAGCCAAAGAAUCUGGAACUCAUUUUCCACCCUCAGUUCCUUUGCCAAGCAGGAACACAGGUUGGCAUUCUUACCAGAGCUGGAUUUCAAAAUAUUUGUAUAAUAAAUAAGGUUUUUAUUUUUUUUAUAUUUA